AAGUUUAGAACUAGCUUUCAAAAACAAACAAAAAACUCUAGAACUGAACCCUAGGCGUGACUUGUUUUCUCUCCUCGUUCACUCUGUCUUCAUUUCCUCCACUGCAGAUUUUGAUGUUUGAAUUUGGGGUUUUAUUGUUUCUGGAGCAUGGAAAAUGGCACUGAAGCUGUUGGGUUGAAAAAGAUGUUCUACUUGAAGUAUUUUCUUGGUGAUGGAAUACAAUUUAAAGCACUAAUUUUAUAUUACUCCGCAUCCUUUUCAGGUCUGGCCUAUAUCUCAGAUAGUUUAAUUACCCAAGUCUUUCUGUGACAGCAAAUUACAUUUGAACUAACCAGGCUGAGAAAGACAAGACUUAUUGACUUAUUUGGAAAAAAAAUGACAGAAAUCCUUGGCUACACCGCUUGCAGACAGUUAUCUCAGAUGUUCUUUGCAAUAAUCUUCUUUCACGGUUCUGAAUAUUUUCUAGCAGUUAUAAUUCAUGGGAGAUCAAGUGUAACGCUAAAUUCCCUUUUGGUUAGCAAACAGUAUCUUUUGGCAAUGAUGUUUUCAUUGCUGGAAUAUUGUAUUGAAGUUGUUUUAUUUCCUGAGCUAAAGGAACACUGGGUUAUCAGUGAUUUGGGCCUGGCACUGGUUGUGAUUGGGGAAAUUAUAAGAAAAAUGUCAAUUAUAACUGCAGGGAAGUCCUUUACUCAUCUUAUAAGGGUUUAUCAUGAUGAGAAUCACCAGCUGAUCACUCAUGGUGUUUAUAGAUUUAUCCGUCAUCCUGGAUAUUGUGGUUUCUUCAUUUGGUCCGUUGGCACACAAAUAAUGCUCUGCAAUCCCAUAUCAACUAUUGGAUUUGCAGUUGUUGUCUGGAACUUUUUUGCCAAGCGAAUACCUUAUGAGGAAUACUUUUUGAGACAGUUCUUUGGAGCACAGUAUGAGGAAUAUGCCCGAAAAGUUGUUUCUGGUGUGCCAUUUGUAAAUUGAGAACCAGCUAAUCCGGUGUGAGCUGAACUAAACCCUUUCAGCUUCAUUCCAAGUAAUCAAAAAAAAAACUUGAACUUUGUUUGUCUGGACCAACAUAGGGAUGUGCUUCACAUUGCUGGAGAUUUUAAGUGCUUGCUUGCAGCUAGUGGCUAUGUCAACCCUUUCCAUUAUAUGCAGCUAUACUUGUUGGGAGCAUCUGAAAAAAAAAUCUGGUUGGGUUCUGUCUUGACCAGUUGUUAAAGAUUAUUAAUAUUCAUCUGUCAAGCCUUUUGAUUUUACCCCAUGCAACAGUUCCUAGUUUCUUCUGCUCAAGCAUGUUCAAACAAAUAAAAUUUAGCUUAGUUACUAUUCAGUUAGGGCUCUGUUGGUUGUAAUGUCUGUAGAACUGUAAAAUUUCUGCUAUUUUGAGAUGUAUCUGGCUUCGGAACC